GCUAGAUUGGAUUAAGGUCGAUACCCUUACAAAGCAAGGGAGAGUGUUCCUAGGUUUCAAACUACUACAUCAAAAAGGCAUACUGGAUGUGCUGGGUCAUCCAACAGUCGUACUCGUAACGGCCACAAGUAAUAGUUGCUAUUUUGAUUCAGAAAGAAGCCCCUUGCUGCAAUAUCUGCACAAUUAAUCAUAUCCACCGAUGAAGUGUUUCCCAUCUGCUUUAUCACAAUGAAGCUAUCCAACCCCACACUUCACUCGAAUACGUCAAUCAUCCCGAGGCUGGUUACAUAAUCCAACCCUCUCCGACCCGCUCUAAAGCAGCAAAACAACAACAAUCCAUCAAUCAGCCCCCCUGUGAACGAGGGAAAUUGCAAGGAGCAUUGUCGAGCGUUAUUAUCCGUGAUCUUCGCAUGUCAAGUUUCAGAGUGAUUUGAACCCUGCCUUGACGUCAAGAAGUCGCUGUUUACAGCUGAAGAACCCCGGACAAUGGCCCAUCAGAGUGACCUUCCAGCUACCCACAUUCCCCCCUUUGCCAAACCGCUCGCUCCUUACAUCAAGAGCCGGCAGGAGGCCCUGCGCAUUCGACAGGCACUAACCGCUUAUCUCCGCUCGCAAAUUGUCUUUGCCGAUGAUGACCCUGACAAUCCCAACUGUUAUGCCCACUCCCACCUCUCCCUUUGUGCGCCCCACGAUGCCGUCGUCGAGGUGAAGCGUAUCUCACCGGAUUUCACCGAUUUGAGAAAGGAAUACCUCCAAGCACUCCAAGCGAAUGUGGCUGCGAGAAAGGAGUAUGAAUCCAUAUCGGAAAAUGUGGGCUCAAAGAUCCAGGGAAGAAAUGCCAAAGUCGAGACGCCCGCCCAAGAUUCCAAUUCCGAAUUGCAAGCAUACCUUAUGCUCCUCCGAGACCGUAGACGACAUGCGAAGCUCCAGACCUUUCAACAUUACCUACAAGAGCUUAAAGGUCGGGAUGAGGCCAAACCAGAAUAUAUUGAUGACAAGGAGGGCCGCAACCAACAGCUUUUGCAGCCCGAAGAGUUUGAAGAUGGCGAGCAAAAUGCCUCAGGAGCAGAGGGUGGGAUUGAAGGACUGGUUCACAAAUUGGAAAGGGCCGUGAUACGCGCAAAGUCUCAGCUGGAUAGAGAGAAGAAACUAUUCGACGAGAUCAAAGCGCAACACGAGUCUGCUAAGCACCCCGACGAAGGCUAUUCUACCACCGCAAAAGUAAUUGCGUUGCAGAGGACACGAGAUGAACUAGUACAAUGGGUAGAAGAGAAAUUGGUGAGUGUCGGGGGCAACGAUGAGGGUCCUGUAGAGGAUCUGCCCCCCGAGGAGCUCGAAGAAUCUGCGAAACUACUGGAAGAGCGCAAAGCACAGAUUGCGAAGCAGUAUGCCGCCUACAUUGAUGCUCGCAGGGAUCUCCUCGAUGCGGCUUCUAAGGCUUGCCAACCUGUUGCAGCAGCGCCCGCCAAGCCCCAACCACGAUCUUUAGACCACGGCCAGAAUGGAACAGAAGAAACAACACCACUUGAACCGCUGGACGUCUUGCUAUACGCGAGUCAAACGCUGCUUCCACUAUCUAAAAGCCAGCGGGCGCUGACCCUCCAAAAGUCUUAUAUGGCGGGCUUGCUCGCCAAAGAAAAGUCUACGGCUCUUCGUGUAUUAAACCGGUUGGGUGACGAGAGUCUCCUCCUGCCCGAGUAUCCCAUUAUGGCCCGCCAACCCCGUGUCAACCCCGGCGCAACGGCCAGGCAUUCGCGACAAUCUUCAACCGCAACUGAACAGAUCAAACCCGACGAGGUCGUUAACUUGGCCGAAGCGUGGGCAUUCGCGUCGGAAGCGGCAGGGACGAAGGAACGAGAGCAUGUGGAAGAAAAUGUUGCGAUGGGCGAAGAAAUGGCGCAGGAUGCACAGCAGAUGUUGCGAGAGGUGUACAGGAUGCUGAAUCAAGAUCUAGAGGGCGCAUUGGGAGACGACCAGGACGUGGAACAGGGUAGCGGUGACAAUUGGUCGCAUGGAGCUCGUUCCACCAGAUCGCAGACAAGACAGAGACGAGAGGAGAAGCGAUCUCAAGGGCCUUGGGCGGCACUGAAUGGAAGAGUGGGCGUAGCAGAUUAAUAGGUGUGAGGACGAACAAGCCCUAUAUUAUGAGUAGUGAGUGCUAUGAUGAAAUGAACAAGAAAUGCCGCUUUCCAUUGCAAAUAGAGUUAUGAUACCGGGACGGAACGAUUGGACACGAGGCCAUUGACUGGUCUAUCUACCGUGGGGGCCCUCC